AUGCCAGCCAAGAAAGCCAUGCUGGUGUUUGCAUCGCUAUUUGUCAUAAUAGGAUGCACACAAGGCCAGACAUUACCAAGUUUUGAUCUCCUUGAGGAGUUCCUCGUGUCCGAGUUGAGAGGAGUCAAGAGAGUGGAAGGCUCGGAACCGGAGACGGUGGCUUACCGUGUCAACCCCAACAUCCAUCUGCAGAAGACCGUGAGAGACGUUUAUCCAGAUGGUCUUCCCUCUGACUACUCCGUCAUUGCAACCUUUAAGUUACCCAAGGACACGGUUAAGAAAUCCUGGAACCUGUGGCAGGUCAGCGCCCCAGACGGUCAGGAGCAAGUGGGCCUACGUUUUCAGGGCGAUACGCUCUCGCUGGACUUCUUCUACAUCAGCCCCAGUGGUAGCCAGAUGCUGAGGACCUUCCACGGUGUGGGGAAGCUGUUUGAUGGCGAGUGGCACAAGUUGGCGCUGAGUGUGAAGGGCAGCCAGGUUAAACUCCUAGUAGACUGUCAGGAGGUCAGCGUGGAGUCUAUUGACGAGCCGAUGCCGGUCAUCCGCAAUGGGUACACCUCCAUCGUCAAGCGUGCCGCGAGAGACCGCUCCGUCUCAGUGGACCUCCAGCAAAUGGACGUGUCAUGUGACCCAGAGAAAGCCUAUUCCGAAGGCUGCUGCGAACUCUCCAAUGUGUGCGGAGGCUACGCAGAGAUUGGUCUGACAGCCGGAAGAGCGUCUUGCAAAUGCAUGCACGGACAGCCGGGCAUCCAGGGACGACCGGGGCCACAGGGCCACAGAGGUCUUCCCGGAAUAGACGGUGAUCGAGGAACACGAGGAAACUGGGGCAUCAGGGGAAACACAGGAGACUAUGGCAACGUGGGUGAGCCAGGCCCCAAGGGCGAGAUGGGAAGCAAAGGCGAGAAAGGAAUGAGAGGACUCUGGGGCCCCGUGGGAGAGCGAGGUCCAAAGGGCCUGAAGGGAUUAAAAGGGGCAGCAGGCUUCAAGGGUGUUCGUGGAUCCUCUGGAGACAUUGGAGAGACUGGGAGGCAGGGAGAAGUUGGUACGAAAGGUGAAAGGGGAUAUGAAGGAAUUGUUGGGUACCAAGGAGUAAAGGGCGUAAAAGGGAGCACUGGUCCAGAUGGGAACUCUGGGCCGCGGGGAGCGCAGGGUAUUGUCGGCGAUCCAGGAGAGAGGGGGGCUGCUGGACAAAAGGGGAAGCCUGGAGUCACUGGACCUCGUGGUAAAGAUGGCACCAUCGGACAAAAGGGAAUUAUUGGAGAUCCUGGAAUACCAGGUAGAGAUGGAGAUCCUGGAAUAGAGGCUUAUCAAGGACCACAAGGUUACCGUGGAAACCUUGGACAAGUUGGCAUAAAGGGGGAGAAAGGUAGCCUGGGCGUACCAGGCGAAAUGGGCCCUCAAGGUCGAACUGGUCCAAGAGGUUACAAAGGCUCUGCAGGGAAACCAGGAAGACCAGGAUUUAUUGGACCACCAGGACCUAAUGGACACGUGGGAGUGGCGGGAAGACAAGGAAACAAGGGUGACACAGGAAUUCCGGGAAUCCAAGGAGUCAAAGGAGCACCGGCGGAAAAAGGUGUCAAAGGCCCAAAAGGAAGGGUUGGAGACAGAGGUCAGCCGGGUCCUCAGGGAGGACGGGGCAAGCGCGGCCCCGCGGGCGCGGCUGGGCGCUCGGGUCCCGUAGGAAUCAAAGGCGUGCAAGGUGAAGGAGGACCAGAUGGCUUUCAGGGGCCCCAAGGUCCACCAGGUCCGACGCUGGCGGCUCAACAUGUGAUCGAGGUAUGCAAGAAAGUGGUGCUUGAGCAGAUGUCCACCUUUGCCAACUCAAUCAAGAGGACAUGCGCCGCAGUGUGUCCUCUCUACGGGGAUGUUCCCAUGGGUGCCCCUGGUCCACCUGGACAGGAAGGCCCACCUGGACCUCCUGGUGAUCCUGGAAGAAACGGUGAUACUGGAGAGCUUGGGCUGCCAGGAUUUUAUGGUGAAGCUGGAGAUGCGGGCCAGCAAGGAGGGCCAGGUGAGAGAGGAGAACAAGGUGAUAAAGGAGCCAAGGGUCACGGCCUAUCUGGCUACACUGGAGAGCAGGGAGAUAUGGGCGAGCGCGGACGUCCCGGGCGGGUCUUUAACGGACAACCGGGAAAGCCGGGGGAGCGGGGGCAGACGGGCCUGCCUGGAAUCAGAGGCCAUGCAGGUCUCAGAGGACCCCCGGGUGUCUGCCUCACCUCUGGGUGUGCUCUGCUCGCUUCAACGAGUGAAGCACCGCAAGUUGCUCCCCAGGCGGCGCCCCCGCAAAGGUUGAGGAACCGCCAGUAA